AUCUUGUUGUACGUUGACUCUUCCCGCUCGAACAACGAAAAACACCAAAAUAUCCACCUCAAAAACACCUAAAUAUUCCAUAUUCUAUGCUUCCUCCACCCCUGAGAAGCUAUGGGAGAUGACUUGGAUCUUGGAAAAUUAGCCUUAGAGGACAAACUCACUCAUAAGGUGUGGAAAGCCCGUGUUAGUGGUUAUGAAGAAUUAACGAAGACUUUUAAGCAAGCUACGAGCGAGAGUAGUGGAGAAUUUUCGAAAUAUUUGGGCUUUUUCAAGAAAAUUGUGAUCGAUAGUAACGCUGUUGCACAAGAAAAAGGUCUCGAAGCCGUACUUACUUUCGUGGAAAAAGCUUCUCCUUCGAUAAGUGGAAGGGCGGCUGGUGAUAUAGUUAGUGGUUGUAUACUAAAAUGUUUUAACGCCAGGCCGAAAACCAAAGAGAAGGGAAUAGAUAUAGUGUUAAUGUACGUUGAAGUAGAGAAACAAGAUAUAGUUCAGGAYGAACUUCUUAAAGGAUUAGAAAACAAGCAACCUAAAAUAGUUGCAGCUUGUACUUAUGUUCUUAGACAGAUUAUAAGUGAAUUUGGUGGAAAGAUAUUUUUACUUAAACCUAUAGUUAAAACCAUACCUAARCUAUUGGACCACAGCGACAAGACAGUAAGAGAAGAGUUAAAAGAGUUAGAGGAUGAAUGGGCCAGUCUACCUCCCAAACCACCUCCACCAACAAGACUAACCAGAACGCAGCAGAAGAAACUAGAAGAGGAACAAGGGCAGGGCGUGGAACCYGAAGGUGAUGAUGCCGCAGAUGGCGGUGGUGAUGAUGAUGAUGAAGGUGAAGAUGCUGAGGUGGACAUUGAUCCUUAUGAAAUGAUGGAUGCUGUUGAGAUUCUCUCCAAACUUCCCAAAGACUUUUAUGAAAACUUGGUAACCAAUGAUCACUGCACAGAUGUUAUUUCAAGACCUGAAUACCUAUCAAGAUAUUCCAAUAAUUCUCAAUUAUGUAUCAAUCCUUUUCAGAUUAUUUCCAAAGAUGCAAACGUCAUGGUUGUAGCGGUAGCUGCUAAAUGCAUAGGGUUACUAGCAACUGGUUUAAGAAAGAAGUUUUCUUCCUAUGCCCCUUUGAUUACACCUGCAAUCCUGGAGAAGUUCAAGGAGAAGAAGGCUAAUGUUGUUUCUGCUUUGAAAGAUGCUAUCGAUGCUGUGUUCUUGACAACAACCUUGGUUGCCCUUCAAGAAGACAUCCUAUUGGCACUUGACCACAAGAAUCCCAGUGUGAAAGAAGAGACCAUCAAGUUCAUCACAAGAUGUUUUUGUAAGAGUGUGCCAGCAGCUGUACCUAAAGCUUUUCUCAAGCCAACAUGUGCUCUGCUAGUCCAGAGAAUGGAUGACACAUUUGGUCCAGUCAGAGAUGCUGCGGCAGAAGCCCUUGGAACCUUGCUCAAGUUGAUUGGUGAAAAGACAAUGAAUCCUUAUGUAGAUAAGCUGGACAAGAUCAAGGCAGAAAAGGUCAAAGAAUGUAGUGAAAAGGCAGAGAUCAAAAGUGCUCCAGCCAAGGGUGGUAGUGGUGGUGGUAGCAAAUCAACUACCAAACCAGCAGCAAAGCCUGCUGCAUCGUCAGCUGCACCCCCCAAAAGUACAUCUGCUGCUAAGAAACCUUCAGCAAAAGGCGUGGCUAAGUCAGGGGGCCCACCUAAAGGCGGAGCUAAAAAGAAAGCAGUUGGAAAAGGGGAUGGUAAGAAAGGUGGAGGAAAGGGAGGAGGAGGAGCUACUGCACUAGAGGAAGUAAAAGAACCAGAAAUGACGGUAAGAAUGACAUUGCUGCCACUUGUAAAUGACAUGGAUCCAAAGACCAUGCCUUGUCAGGUUCUGAUCAGAGUCCUGGCCAAGAAACCAGGCUUGAAGGACAGUAAUUUCCAGGUUUUGAAGGCCAAGCUAGCUCUGUGUGGUACCAUCGCUGAGAUUGGCAAGCCCUUCUCCUCCCGCAGUGCAGGAUACGCAUUAACAGGACUGGUCGAAAAGAUUGGAGACAUUAAGCUUAAAGAUCAAUGCAAGGAAACACUUACGAAAUUUGCUGAAAAAUUGAAUCUUAAUUACGUUAGCCUGAAGGUUUGCAAGAUAGCAGGAGGUCAAAAGAACCCCAAAGUGAUAGCAGAGUCGUUAAACUGGAUUGGUGAUGCUAUUAAGGACUUUGGAUUCAAGAUAGACUUGAAGCCUCAUAUUCAGUUCAUCAAAGACUCUCUUGCUAACACCAACCCAGCUGUCAGGACAUCAGCUAUAGCCCUACUUGGAGUACUUCACAUGUAUGUUGGCACAAGCAUCAGAAUGUUCUUUGAAGAUGAGAAACCUGCUUUGCUACAACAGAUUGAUGCCGAACUUGAACAGGUCAAAGACCAGAAGCCGCCAGCACCAACCAGAGGACUGAAAUCAGCAGUUGGUGAGACAGAAGGAGGCGGCAAUGACGAAGAGGAUGAUGAGGAUGGUGGGAGUGGAGGGGGAGGGGCAGCUGCCAAUCUUGCUGAUCUUGUGCCGAGAAAUGAUAUCAGCGGUGAAAUCACAUCAGAUCUUAUCACAAUGUUGAGUGACAAGAAUUGGAAAGUUAGAGGAGAAGGUCUUGAAAAGGUCCAGAACAUUAUCAAUACAGCAAAGUAUAUCACUCCUGAGCUUGGGGAACUCCCUACAGCACUAAAGGGAAGACUUGGAGACUCAAACAAGAACCUGAUCAUAACUACAUUGAAUAUCUGUGGCUCAAUGGCUACAGCUAUGGGUCCAGGAUCUAAGAAACACCUGAGUACUAUCGGCCCUGCAAUAUUCAGUACCCUGGCUGAUGCUAAGCCCCAUCUUCGUGCGGCAGGGAUAACAGCCCUUAAUGCAUGGCACAAAGAAGUAGGAAUUGUACUCUUCUUGGAAGGAGAGAUUAUAUCUGGUGCUCUUAGUACAGAGAAUCCCGUCCUGAGAACUGAGGUGCUUGGAUGGUUGGAGGAGAAACUACCAGAAGAGAAAUCCCACCCACCAUCUGUUGUGACGAUAGUACAACCAUUGUAUGCCUGUCUGGAGGACCGUAAUGGUGAUGUAAGGAAGAAGGCACAAGCUGUUGUACCCUGUGUCAUGGCACACCUUGGAUAUGAUGCAAUGAUUAAACAAGCCAAUAAACUGAAGCCUGUAUCUAAGCCAACUGUCCAAGGCAUUUUAGAAAAACUGCGUGGAACUGUACCAGAGCCAACUAAGAGCACUGGCAAAUCUAAGAAGGCUGCAGAGAGUAAAUCAUCAUCAGAUAAUGGAAGUUCUUCUCAGUCUGCCACCAGCGCUGCUGCAUCUAGUGGUGGAUCAAAAAGACCCAAGUCAGCUGUACAGAGCAAACCUGCAAAAACAAGCAAAAAGAAAGCUCAAGCAGCAGCAGAUGCAGAAGAACUGGGACCUCCAUUAAUACGUAACCUGGGGAAGGACAAUAGAAUAAGAGAUGAGAAGGAACUCAAGGUGAUGAAGUGGAACUUCACAACUCCAAGAGAAGAAUACAUAGAGCAGCUAAAAGAACAGAUGAGGCCUUGUUUUGGGAAGGCAAUUUUUACCAACUUGUUUCAUCCACAUGAUUUCAAGCAACAAGUCAACGCACUGAAUGCUUUACAACAGGCUGUAACCCCUCCAAGUGAUGAUGAAGACCCACCAUACAAGACAGAAGCCAUUCAAUCCUUAGAUCUCAUCCUGAAGUACGUCACCCUAAGGUUCUUUGAUACCAACACCACUGUACUGGUGAAGUGUCUGGAAUUCCUGGAUGCCUUGUUUACUAUGUUGGCUGAGUCAGGGUACCAGAUGGUGGAACAUGAGGCUUGUAGCUUUAUACCAUACCUUAUACAGAAGGUUGGUGACCCUAAAGAUGUCAUCAGAAAAAUGAUUCGUAAGCUUUUUAAACUGUUGACCAAGAUCUACCCAGCAAGCAAGAUGUUUACCUACGUUACUGAAGGACUCACCUCCAAGAAUUCCAAGACUAGAAUGGAAUGUCUUGAGGAGCUGGGGUGCCUUAUUCAAGUAUACGGCAUGAAUGUGUGCCAACCAACACCUCCCAAAGCCAUUGCUAACAUAGCAUCCCACAUCGGUGAUCGAGAUAAUGGUGUGCGCAACGCUGCUCUUAAUACCGUGGUAGAAGCCUUUUUCCUGGUGGGAGAUACGGUCUAUAAAUAUGCUGGAAGGUUGAAUGAGAAAGACCUCAGCUACCUAGAGGAGCGUAUCAAGCGAUCAUCCAAGAACAGACCUGCGACUGCUGGCAGUGAAGAACCCAAGGCUGUUGCUAGGGGACGUGGAUCAGCAAAUGAUAACACUGAAAAGAAACAAGCAAACAAAGCUAACAUAGCAAGACCAGUAACAGCACCUCCUUCGAAGAGAGAAGAUAACAUCACGCGUGAAUUCCAGAUAGACUACGAUUCCAUAGAAGAUGAAAAAAAUGUCCAUGAAGUAAUCUUACCCAACCUCGUGUCACAUGAAACAUCUGUUGAUGACUUGAUCAGUGAGCCUAUCCACAGACCCAACACUAAGACACCUGCGUCCCCACAUCUCGGAGUGUUCAGUAGGACUUCAGCCCCCGCAGCUCUCAAUUACGUCAUCUCCCAGAUCGCUAGCAGUGACGUCAGUGCURGUACCCAAGCUCUUGUGCAACUGGAGGUCGUUAUUAGGAAUAAGACUGGGGGAGAGAUAGUCAAACAUGUUGAUCAGUUCUUAAAUGCCGCUGCUCUGCAACUCAACAUCAUCCUGACAACUCACCUCAGCAAUGAAGACCAAUCAGAACAAACCAUCACUAGACUGAUCAACUGUCUGAUCAACGCCAUGCUGACGCUAUUCUGCAACGAACCGCUGGCCAAGACCGUGUCACGUGACACCCUUAAGCAACUGGCUCAGGUCUUGAUUACAGCGAUACUAGACGAGAGGUUGGCGAAGCUGGAAGAUGGGCCGCAGAUUAUUAGAGCUGUGAAUGUAUUGAUGGCUAAGAUUAUACAGAAGACUGAUCCUACUGUGUGUUUAGGUGCUCUAAUAAGGCUGUUGCAAGAAAGUGUCAAGAUGCUGCAGGGACAAGCAGGAAACUCACUCAGUUCUCCUAAAUUCAUGGAACUCGUCAUGAAGGCAUUGUGGAAGAUGGUCCGUUCCUUACCUGCCAUCAUCAGUGACAUCAAGGCAGACCAGGUUCUUGUGGAUGUACACAAGUUCUUAGUGAUGCAUCCUCCUCAGGUGUGGAAAUCACGUGCUGAUGAUACUCCCCUCAGGACCAUACGAACCAUACUACAUUCAUUAGCCAAGCUCAAAGGCAUUGAUAUUUUGGCAUGUACGAACCUUAUAGAGGACGCCGAACAAAGUGAAGUGACAGCGUACCUACAUAAAGUUCUCAAGACUGGUUAUAAACCAUCUACGAGCUCCCAAGUCAAUGGUAGCUCUGAAGAUGACAAGAAUAAGAAAUCCAACGCUCCAGAUCUACUACAAGGGGUGGAGAAUCAAAACCGAGCACCAGUAGAAAAGCUCAAUUCAAAACUGGCUGAGAUAUUCAGUAAGAUAGCUUCAAAGGAAAACACUCGGGAGGGUCUUGUCCAACUGUACGAGUUCAAGCUCACCUAUCCUCAAGCCGAUAUCGAUCCUUACCUAAAGAAAACAUCGCCUUACUUCCAAAACUACAUAGAUAGAGGUUUAAGGAAUAUUGAAAUGGAAAGAAAGGGAAAAAAGGUCACUGGAAGUACCUCGUCUUCUACAACAAUCAUGUCUAGUGCGCCGGCAUCGAAGACAUCGGAAGAACCGUCAUCGUACUUAGAUCGUCUACGUGUGCUGCGAAUGAGAUCUGGACUAGGAGAAAACAACGGCAAUAGCGAUACACAACAAGAAUCGGCUUCAGUUUCGCAGGACGUUCAACUCACACCUACAGAACAAGAACCAAAAUCUGAUUUUAAAGGAUCUGUGGUUGAACUACGAGGUACUAUAAAUACAGAAGAACCUGAGGCUACCCCCUCUCAGGAUGAUUUAGCAAACAUUCAGGAUAUCAAGAAACGAUUAGACCGAAUCAAGAACGCUGCUAGACAUUAACCAAUCCAACAAAACGGCAUGGAUUCUAUGGUACACCUGUUUUAAAAAGCGUCUUUCGGAGACCUGAGACCGUGCUUUGAUGUUUUCUGGGUAAAAUUCGAAAAAUUAGAUUCCUAACUCACGCUCAGGUCACGCUUCAUGUUCCAAUCUAAAAGGAAACUACGUUGUUCGGCAUUGAACGUAUUACAAUUUGCAGCAUGCUACUUGGUCUCAGAUAGCAUAUCUCUAGUCUCUUAAGCAGCCGCUAUUAGUUUCGUCACGCAACGCUUACUCCCCUAAGUAGUGAGCGUUGCGUGACGACACUUAUAGCGGCUGCGUAGUAGACUAGCAGAUCUCCCAGCGACAACUUUUUUUAAAAUAGGUGUAAACCUAUCAAUGCUGAGGAGGUGUGCGCUGGGGACACACCCUUGUUGUAUUCCCGACCCUCGGAGUGAUUACCAGAUUAUCUAGGUCUUGUAGCCGUAGACCUAUUGUGAGAGAGCCAUCGGGCUGCAUUCUGGUCCAGCUUGAGUACAAACAUCUGUUGAUGUUAUUUGUAACCAAGCAAGACUACGAUACAUCUCGUUUAUCGAACUCGAAAAAGGCCUUUUCUUUAUACGUUUUGUUGUGUUCUACAGAUAUCUAUUUCCGCUCAUAAAAAGUACACUCUAAAUAGCACCGCUUGUAGUUUCAAUGAAGCCUCUCUUGUUCGCGAACAGACGCUGUCUUUUCUCUUGUAAAGACCUUUAAUUCAUUUAAUAGAGGGAAAAAAGAGGGUUUGGUUGAAAAUAUACUGCAAUCCGCGCCAAAA